AUGGAUUCGCCAAUAAAUUUAGUUGAGUUUGAGGAAUCUCAUGGAAUUGGAUUUUUUUUAGACUACAGGACUUCUCAGCUUGGGAAUUUCCAAGGACUGGGUGAGCCUGACUUAUGCUACUUUGUGUGCGAAGCUACUAGAUCUGGAGUUUUUAAGUACUUAAAAAAAUCUAGCUUGAAAGCUUAUUAUCAUUUUGUUUAUGGUGUUAAUACAUCAUCAAUAACCUUUAUCCAAAAUUAUAUAAAAUCCUUUACGAAAUCAUUGAAAAAUUCAAAAGUAAAAAUUAAUGCAACUUAUUUUUGCAUUUACGAUUUUUUUUCUAAGUUUGACUUGAGAAUAGAAAUUAACAAUGAGGCGAGCGUGGAUUAUUAUUUAGUUAAUUCUCAAUCCCAAAGGAUUCAAGCUGGAAAUAUUCAUUGACAAGGCGCAUAUAUUAGCUCAAUGCUAAGAUUUUUAUAUGCUGAUCCAAUUCCUGGCUCAAGACUUUUAGAUGGCCCUACAAGUAUCGCUGAAAUAGAAAAUUUCAUAGAAACGUCCAGCCAAUUUUGGGAUCGAAUAGGAUUUGUGCUUGGUGACAUAAAUGAUAUCUACAGAUAUGGAGAAAAUUUGCUUUUUGCCAAACUCAGUGACUAUUGGCUGAAAUAUAAGAGAUAUAAUCAGCAUAGUCUUAUUUUCAAGAAUCUUAUUACAAUAGACCCUAUGAUGGUCUUUUAUUUAUGCAAAUCUUAUAUCAAGCUGAAAAAAUUUGAAGAAAUUAUUGAAAUAACAUCAUGCCAAAUUAAUACAACACCUUUUGCAUUUCCUUUAUAUUUUUUAAAAGCUUAUGCUUUAUAUAGGCUAAAAGAGUAUAAAGAAGCCAGAAUAAUACUACAAUACCUUAUUGAGCUGAAUUUGGAAGUUUUUUGCUUCUGAGAACUAAUGGCAAAAUGCUAUUUAAAAGAAAAAAAAUAUGAAGCAGUUUUUCUCUGCUUGAAUUGCUUUCCUAUAUAUGAAUCCCUGAAGAAAAAUAAUUACGAAAACCCUCCUGAAGAACAAAUGUAUAUCCCGAAAAAAAUUCCUGUAAGCUGCUCUUGAAAUAUUUGGAAAAAGCCAUCAAAAUUUGAUUUUAAAUCUUACCAGAAAAAUGCUUUUUGGACAAGAAAUGAAGAAAUUUCAUUGGAUUGAUUGAAAUCUUUAAAGUCUUCUAGAUUGAAUAAUUGUGAAAGAAAAAUGUACAAAAUUUUAGUGCAAUUAGAAAAACACGUUGAAUGAGAAAAUCUAUUAAAACUAAAGAAAAGACUUUUUACACAAAAUAACAGCACAACUCAUGAAAGAGAUUCAUUCACAACAGUUGAUCAAAAUAGUCAAGAGUUAAUAAGAAGAAAUAUAUCGUUAACAACGAUAAAUUUCGAAACUGCUCCAAAGGAAAGUGAAAUGCCAACUGAAGGGCUAUAUGGUCAAAAUUUUCAUGGAUCCGCAAUAACCCCUCGUGAUUAUUUUAUUCUUCCUCCAACUGAUAACCGAUUAACCCGUUUAAUGCAUCCUUCAAUGAGAGUUAUGAAUAAAAAAUUAUCUGAAUUAUUUAAUUAUAUGCAUUAUGACCUUAAAGCAUUAUAUGAAUGACAAAAACAAGCUGCAGAGUCUGAUUCUCUGCAAAAUCUUAAUAAGCGUAAUUUAUAAGCAGCGACAACUCUCACAGAUAAAGGAGAAAUCUGGCUAAGAAGAGGUGCCUUAGCCGAAAGACUACGAAGGUCAAGACUAGCUGAAAAAGCUUAUAGACAUUCAGUUAAUGCUGGAUUUUCUCUUUAUGGGCUUUACAGACUCAUGAAAUUAUAUGUAAAAGCUGGGAAUCCUAAAUCUGCAGUUUUGUGUAUAAUAGAUACACUUGCACAAAUAGAACAGGAGAAAUUUAUUUUUGAUACAGAAGUUUUACCACCCUGAAUUGGAAUGGUUUUAGCGAAAAUCUGCAGCACUUGUGGGUAUAAACAAUUAUAUUCUCUUGCUAUAGAAGCAGAUGGGAAAAAAUUCCCGAUUUUAAUUAGAACGAUUGAAGGGUUAAAGAAGUGGAAUACUGAUGGAUCCCAUAGGAUAUAA